UGGCAACUUGAGACUAAUGAUGGAGGAGGAUAUGACAUUAUCAACACUGAAGUGAUUGCAACACCAGACAUUCGAGAGUACAGAGCAAGCUAUGGUUCUCUGAAACAAGUCUGGGAGAUGAAUUAUCAGGAAGCAGCAAUCUACUUACAGGAGGGAGAAAAUAAUGACAAGUUCUUCACUCAUCCAAAAGAUCAAAGAGCCCUUGCAGCCUACCUCUUUGUGCACAAUCACAUAUUCUAUGUCAUGGAGCUGAUUUCUGGUGUGCUGCUGCUGAUACUCUCCUUAUGUGAAGCUCCAGCAGUUCCCUCGCUCCGUCUCGACAUUUAUGUGCAUGCCACACUGGAAUUGUUUGCACUUGUCACAGUGGUGUUUGAACUUGGUAUGAAGAUGAGAUGGUUGGGUUUUCACACAUUUAUUAGACACAAAAGAACGAUGUUGAAAAGUGUGGUUUUGUUUGUACAGUUUAUAGAAGUCAUUGUGGUAUUAAUCAGGCAAACUUCACAUGUCCGGAUAACUCGAGCAUUGCGGCCAAUCUUUCUGGUAGACUGCAGAUAUUGUGGAGCAGUGAGAAGAAAUUUGCGUCAGAUUUUCCAGUCUCUCCCUCCUUUUAUUGACAUUUUAUCGUUACUACUUUUCUUCAUGGUCAUUUUUGCCAUCUUGGGAUUUUAUUUGUUUUCUGCCAAUCCGUUGGACCCUUAUUUUAGCACUCCAGAAGACAGUCUUGUCAGUUUGUUUGUUCUCCUAACUACAGCUAAUUUUCCAGAUGUGAUGAUGCCAGCUUACUCCAAAAAUCGUUGGUCUUGUGUAUUCUUCAUUGUGUAUUUAUCCAUUGAGCUCUACUUCAUCAUGAAUCUGCUUCUUGCUGUGGUAUUUGAUACAUUUAAUGAUGUUGAAAAGAAGAAGUUUAAAUCACUCCUUUUGCACAAACGAUUAGCAAUAGAACAUGCCUUCCGCCUUCUGGUCAGUAAAAGGAGGCCUAAUGGGGUUUCCUUCAAACAGUUUGAGGGCUUAAUGAGGUUCUACUCUCCAAGAAUGAAUGCAAGAAACAAAUAUCUUGUCUUCAAAGCACUGAAGAAAGGCGAUGCAGAGUUUCUUGGAAUAGAAGAUUUUUACAACUUCUAUGAAGUUGCUGGAUUAAAAUGGAAAGCAAAAAGAAGUGGAGACUAUUGGUUUUAUGAUCUUCCACAUACUCCAUUUCUUAUAUUUAAAGGAAUUAAUAUCCUUGUGAAGUCCAAAGCAUUCCAGUAUGCCAUGUAUGUUGUUAUUGCUGUAAAUGGAAUUUGGAUACUGGCUGACACACUCAUGAUCAAAGAUGGUGCCUUUUUCCUCCGGAUUGUGCCCUGGAGUUACAUUGUAUUUCUCACAAUUUACGGGGUAGAAAUGUUACUGAAAAUCACUGGGCUGGGACCAUCUGAAUACUUCACAUCUGGCUGGAAUCUGUUUGAUUUCUUGGUCACCGUAUUUGCAUUUGUUGGAAUAGUGGUCUUAGCUUUUGAUAUGGAACCAUUCUAUUUCAUCGUCAUCUUGAGGCCACUUCAGCUGCUAAGAUUGUUUAAGAUUAAACGGAGAUACAGAGAUGUUCUGGACACAAUGUUUGAAUUGCUUCCCAGAAUGGCAAGUUUAGGGUUAACUCUCAUGAUCUUCUACUACUCGUUUGCAAUUGUGGGAAUGGAGUUCUUUGGUGAUGUUCUCUAUCCUAACUGCUGCAAUAACAGCAUGGUAGCAGAUUUCUAUCGCUGGAAAAAUCAGACCAUUGGUGACAGAACUGUGAUACAGGGAUACUACUCUCUCAAUAACUUCAAUAACAUACUUAACAGUUUUGUAACAUUGUUUGAGUUGACUGUUGUAAACAAUUGGUAUAUAACUAUGGAAGGCGUGGUAUCUCAGACUACAAGCUGGAGUCGCAUUUACUUUAUGACUUUCUAUAUUGUAACUAUGGUUGUACUUACUAUUAUUGUUGCCUUUAUUUUGGAUGCAUUUCUGUUCCGCAUGAACUACAGUAGAAAAAGUAAAGAUGAGGGAGACGAAAAUGGAAUUGUUUUUGAGACUGAAGUAGACAAAGAUGAAGUUGAUCGACUUCUUGAGUUCAACAGACAGAAUGGUUCUCCAUCUUCUGAGAUCUCUGGACUCCUUAAAUUGUCAUCCAGAAUGGCAAGCAAUGAUCAGAUUAAAAUGGUUUUUAUUGGCAGAAGAUUAAGAACUAAAAGUGAUCUAAGCAUUAAAAUGUAUGAAGAGGAAAUUCAGGAAUGGUUUGCAGAGCAUGCCCGGGUAAACCAAAUGCAGCAUGAUCAACCACUUGAAUGUAUCUUGAACUCAAGCACUCACCAGCCUUCUUCAGAAUUACGACAGCGAUCUCAGACUGUAACUUAGGAAUAUAACCUAAAAUUCCACUAUGCAAUAAUUACUCAGUAUUACUAUAUAUUUUGUGAUUUGCACAUAUGCACUUGGGGGAUGUUUCACCAGUUGUAAAAGCUACUGUGUCGGCAGAAUCCUGGCAAGAGCUGGAAUAGUGAGAAAUAGUGGCCAUUUUAUUGAGAAAUUUUAUCUGAUAACUUUUAUCUGUGGUAAGUUAUCUGUAACGUAGUAAGUCUUUUAAUUGUAUUUGUGAAAUAUGUCAAUUAUUUUAGAAUUAUUUUGUUCUUAGCCCUUUUACAGCACUUUCAUUUGGUACCUGACUUGCACAAGUGCUGUCUGGAUAGCUACUCUCAAAAUUUUAAUUUAAUAUCUGUCCAAUUGUCACUUUAAUUAUUUGUGGUAAGUCAGUUCUCAUUGUUCGAGUUUGUUCAUAAAAUGUAAUGUUCUUGUAAGAAGCACUGUCUCCCACUUUGCAAAAUCUAAUUCCCAAGGUUAUUUCCAUUUGUAAGCCAUAGUGUUAAAUGCAGGGAGACAAGUGACAGUAUUAAUGGGACAUUAGCAUAGUAAUGUAAUGAUUUCAGAUAUAGUUGCCACGACACUUGGGAAAUUCAAUUUAAAAUUCAAUUCCUGUAUUUAAACUGGAAACUUAAUGGUAUUAAUGUUAAGUUUACUUUUGAUUACUGCAGGCAUCUCCAAAAUCCAUGCCUUGCUUAGGGUAUGUACACAUUAUUUAAAAUAUGUCCUCAAAUUAUGAUGCUUCACUGAUUUGGAGUAGGCCAUGUUAUUUGCUGAAUUCUGAGCAGUACAAACUUAAUAUUUGUUUCUUCAUAGAGGUUUGACAUAAGUUGAGACUGAGGCAAAGUGACCCUUGGGGUAAGCCAUUACCAGUCAUCUCUCUCUAAAGAGAGGGCAGCCCUAUAGUCCUCUGGGACUUUGCCGUCUUUACCUUUUACAUAUCUAUCACCCCAAGAUUCUUAUUUUGCAAAAAUCAGAAAUUAUGUUUUUCUUAAACAUGUUGUUUGCUAGUGAAACUGUAGGUGCUACUGAUGUAAUGUUUUUAUGAACAGAGUGCCAUUUCCAGUUUUCAAAGUGAAUGAGCGAUAACUUGUAAAUCUGUAUUAGUUACCUAAUAUUUGAGUGGUCUGACACAAGGACCUGAAUCUUCACCUUCAAGGUGUAAAUCAAGGUCAGAUCAUUCCCUAACUUCCCUAUACCACUUCCUGCCUAAGUUACCGAUUGCCACCUUGAAAACAAACAGAUGCUGAGGCAAGAAGUUUAGAAGACUCACUUGCAGUUUCCUGAGGACAUCAGUCCAAUUCAGUAGAUGUGAGGCCCCUCGUACUCACUUUCUACCCUCCCUUCCAUACCCUCUAUGUCCACGCAUCCACCCCUAUAUACCCCCACCACCUCUGCCCUGUUCAUAAUCUCAAAACCCACUCACCCAGUAUUCACUAUAUACAGAACUCUUGAGACCUUUAAUAACUUUGGGAAGUAUUUGUAGUGCUUAUAAAAAUCUCAGUCUGCUUGACAGCUGUGACAACAACCUACUGAGCUGAAACUAUUAAUGUGGUUUGGAGCUCAGCCAAGUAUUCAUUAUGAGAUGCCAUUGAAAUCUGCUAUUAAAAAAAAAUUCUAAGGUUGAAUAUGUUAAAACCUAUAAAGUUAUUGAAAGAGCUCAAUCAUCUGUUUGACCUUUGAAGCUGAGGAACAGAUUCCAAGCUUUCAACCAGAAAGCUUGUGCAUCUGUGCAUGCUUAAAGCAGAGGAGCUGAUAUAUUAACGAUCAAAGUGCCCAAGCAUUUGCUCAACCUUAAAAGCAUGGGGACAGAUGUCUCUACUUUUAGUUGGUUAAAUAAUUGAAUUACAUUUGACCAUUGGCACAGUCAGAUCUGAUUGUCAGUAUUACUAAAUGAAAAACAGCACUGUAUCCACAACAUAAUGGACUCUAAUGCAUCUGAGGACUUUUCUGCUUUCACAGCAUUGGACAAUUUAAUGGUCACUUAACUUUUAAAAUAUAUUAAACUUCUAGUAUUGCAUUAUGCCAUAUGAAGUUGCCACAACAUUUUGAACUUAUCUGUCAAAAGGCUGUGGAUUUCUCAUGGAUAAUGACUCUUCUAAGCUGCUGUGAACCAUGUUGCCUUUAGAAAUCUAUACGAAUUGUGAAUAGUCCAAAAUGCCCAACUUGAAGCCACCAAGAUUAGGUGUGCUACAUGCAGAUUUGCUACCCAUACUGUCAUCCCAUGCCAGUAAAAUUAUUGGCAAUGGAUAAGUGGAUAGGAAUCCUGGAAAUGGGUCCUGCCCACCAUUUUGAAGGCUCACCCACCUCAAUGACUAUACUGAUAAAAUCAUGAAAAUCCUGCCCAAGGCAUUUCUUACUACUAUUGUAAAUGUUUUGUACGUUAUAUAGACAUCAAAAUUAUAAACUAAGAUCAAAUCCUCCUCAGUCCAAUCCAGCAGCAUCUGAGUGAUAGAAUGUAUCUUUUGGUCAAAAAUAGGCUAAUAGUGCCUUUUUGGAAAUGGAAUAACAGUUUGAAGUUUUGAUUUGAUUUAGGGAUUAGAAGUGUUUAUGCAUGGAAUUUUCACCCCAGUUUCUGGAUGUUCUUGACUUUACAGAUUAAGCUUGGUCACUUUACAGACUAAACGUAAUGUAAUUUCCCAUUCCCUUCUUGUAAUCUUGGGAUUUAGUAACUACUUUGCUUUUAAUUAAUAAGACAUGAUAAAGAAAUGGUUUUUGCAUAGUGAUCAUGCUCAAGCAGUUUUACUGUAGUAAUUGUGUUGGUUACGAAAUUGAAGAUUUGCUUGUUGAAAAGUUAUUGGCAAGCUAAUAGAAUAAACAAGAAUAUUUUAACUCAAUUUGACGUACUUGGAAGCUGUCAACAAAGAGAAUUGUGUGUGAUGAGGAUCAACAAAAUAUUUAGUGCAAAAUAUAGAUACUAAAACAUAAGAUAAGAAAUUGAAUAUAUGCUGCCACUUAUUCUGAUUUGGAAUUAUUUACCAGGAUACAAACUAACUGAAACAAAGUAAUGCUAAUUUCACAGUUAUAAAAACUAGUGCCAUUCACUGGUGCUUUAGAAUGCUGCUUUCAUCUCUGGAAUUUUGGCUUCAACCCUAUUUGUCAGUCUGUUAAGUUAAACCUUUUUGAUGUUUUAGAUGAGAGCUUUCAAAUGAAAAAUAUUUAACAAUAAGGCUAAAUUAGAAUUGCAGAAUGUUUUUCAAGUUUUUUAAUUUCCUACAAAUAAACUAUAUCUUGUCUAAUAGUGGACAAAUGCACUACUGCUCUUUCCAAUUACAUUGAUGCCAUACAUUAACGAAGACGGAUUGUUGUCUUCCAAGAAUAGCAUACGCAGUUUAGGUGUGAAUAUUCUAUGUUUUAUCAUUUUUAUUAAUAAUUUAAUCCUGCCACAGCAGAUGGUAGAAUUUGAGUUCAAUAAAAAUCUGGAAUUAAGGGUCUAAUGAUGACC